AUGGAUAAUGUAUAUAUCCUGCAACAUUUGGCGGAGAGGGUGACGAUUACAAAGAAGGGCAAAUUGUAUGCUUUGUUUGUAGAUUUGAAGGCGGCCUUUGAUAAGGUCAAUAGGACAAAGCUAUGGAAAGUGAUGGAGCAGAGAGGAGUAAGAAAAGGACUAAUCGAAAGAUCGAAAGAAUUAUAUGAAGAGACCUCGAAUACGAUUAGAGAAAGAAUUCAGGGCUGGCCAGGCGGGAGGCAUAGUAUUAUAUGUGGCAAGGAAAAAAUGUGGUCACUGGCAUAUGCUGACGACUUAAUGCUAUUGGCAGAAAGGUUAGAAGAAAUGGAAGAAAUGAUAAGAAGAUUGGAAAGAUUUUUAGAUAAGAGAAGCUUGAUUUUGAACACGACCGAAACAAAAAUAAUGAUCUUCAGCAAAGGAGGAGAUAGGGUGAAGAAAACGAAAUGGCUAUGGAAAGGAAAUGGAGACACGAUAGAACAUGUGAGAGAAAGGGCUAAAAAAGCCAACGUACUGACACGGCAAGUUUGGGGCAUCGGGGAAAGAAAGUUUAAAGACUGUUUCAAGUGGAAAGUAUUUAUGUUUGAUCGUCUAGUCAAGAGCGUGAUGUUGUAUGGGGCGGAACUAUAUGGGUGGAAAGAAAGGGCGGAGUUGGGAAGAGUGCAAUAUAAAUUUGUGAGAUGGAUUCUAGGUUUAAGCAGAGAAACACCAAAAUAUAUAUUAUUAGCAGAAACAAAAAGAGAAAAGAUUAGAAUAGAAGCAGGAAAGAAAGCUCUGAAAGUUUGA